AUGGUCGCGGGCAAGAAGACCAAGGCCAAAGACAAGGCCAAGGCCAAUGCGAAGAAGGUUAAGAAGGCAAAGAGUCCUGAUGUCCCAGAGACAACUACAAACACUCCCACUCCUGGCAGCCCUGAACUUCCGGCGCAGGAAACUGACCAAGGCCCUGGGCCUGUUAUUGCCCAUUCUCCUGAGAUAAAGACGCCUUUGCCUGUGUCAGCUUACGAGGUAUUCGACGACGACGACGACGAGCCCCUUAUUUCUGACCCUGUCACGAGUCAACAAUCCCCUGUGGUUAAGACUGUGGCCCCAGUCGUUUCAGACCCUGUUCCAACCCAACAAGCUCCUGUGGUUGACCAACAGGCACCAGCUAUCCCAAAUCCUGUCUCCAACCAACAAUCCCCUGUGACUGAGACUGUGCCGUUGGCCAUCUCAGACUCUACCACGGAUCAACCGUCUCCUAAAGUCGAGACAGACAAGCUUGACGAGAGUGUGCCGCCUUUGGGUGAGGCAACCUCGUUCCACCCUCCCGCCGACGACACAGAAGCCAAAGACGAAGAGCCUUUGGAUGACCCAAGCAAGGAAGUCGAGGCCUCUGAACCACUAGUUUCAGCACCACCAGCUGAUCCAUUUUCUCCCGCUGCGGCCAGUGUGCCCUUGCCAUCGCCGUCUUUAACUGAAGCACGGUUUAUGUCAAGUCCAUCUCAGGAUAACUACUUAUAUCAACCUGCACCAUCCGCGUAUUCACCCUACGCUGCACCUAUUCCAUACUCUUCGCUUGUCCCAUACGCCUCUCCAAUCCCCUACUCUUCUCCAGUGCCGUACAACCCUCAAGCGGCUUACGGCUCACCCGGGCUAUACGCCUCCCAAGUACCCUACACUGCCUCCCCAGUGCCUUACACUUCACCUGUGCCCUACCUUGGGCCUCCCUACGCUGGUUCUGCAUACGCUGGCUCUGCAUACGCUGGUUCCCCCUACGCCGGCUCUCCCUACGCCGGAUCCCCAACAGCUUACGCCUCUCCGGUACCCUACACUGCUUCACCAGUGCCCAAAGUCAGCAGUCCCCUUGCACGUUCCCAUUACGCCUAUAAAUCACCAAACAUGUCCCCAACUGCAACACCACCUCCCCCAUCCGCACCGAUGGCUCCUCCCGCACCCCCUUCUGUAGCUCCUCCCGCGCCCCCUUCUGUGGCUCCUUCUGUGGCCCCGAGCCGCUCAGCUUCUGUCAACUCACCGGUGAUGAGCUCUGCUGGAGCCAUCCCUCCAUAUGGACAGUACUCUCCUCACUAUUCUCACGAUCCGCACUACAUGCAGCGAAGCUACAGUAUUCCGGACCCAUCUUACGCGGCCUCAUACCAGGCCCUCCAAAAUUUGUCAAUGGCCGGUCAGCCUGGUGAGAACGGAGCCUUGUCUCCCCCAGACAGUGACAGUGAGCACCUCGAACUUCUUCAACGGAUCCAGUCUGCUAUACCGGAUAUCAACCGCCUCCUGCAUGGGUUCCGUAACACCCAUAGCAAGCUGUCAACCCGCGAGGCGGAGAUAAAGCAGAUUGGGAACCAACACGAACAGGCUUUGAUGCAUAAGGAGUACUAUAUCGAAGCCUUGCAGUCCCAAAUGAAGAAGACUGCAAACCAAAGCGCUGAAGAGGGAUCCAAACUCAAGAACACGAUCAAUGAAUUGCGACUGGAACUCGGAAAUCUACAAGAGAAGCAGAAAGAUCUCGAGGAUGGUUUGGCUGUUCACCAGAAGUCAAACGAGGAACUUACUCAGACUAAGGUCCAACUCGAGGGGCAGAUUGCGCAACUGAACACCGACAUUCAAGAGGCAAAGGAGACUCACGAGAAAGAGCUGGAGAACCAGAAAGAAGAACAGGAAAAGGCUCUUGUAGCACAGAAGCAAGAGCUUACUGAGCUGUUCGAAGAAAUCAAGAAUGAGGAUGAGAAGAUCGCAGCGGAGAACCUCGAGACCCGUGAGCGAGAGCUUCGCAGUGAACAGGAAGCCGCCAAGGGCGAGUGGGAGAAGGAGAGAUCGACCAUGCAAGAGUCCUUAGAGGCCCAGCGCACCGAGCUGGAAGCGACCAAGACGGAACUGUCGUCCAAGAUCGCGGACUUGGAGUCCAAGGAGAGAGAAUUGGGAAGCCAACUGAGUGCGCUCACAUCGACACGCGAGGAACUGGCAGCUAAGCUAGCCGAACUCGAAGCGUCACGAAAGGAAAUAGAGGAACUGCACCAGAAACACGCUUCGGAGUCAGAUGGACUUCGUGAAGGCCACGCAGGUGAAUUGGACUCUCUACGAAAAUCCCAUGACGAGCAGGUCGCCGCUGCUGCCAAGGACCUCGAUGACAAGAUUGCUGCGCUUGAAGCUCACUUCCAUGAGAAAGAGCAGCUUUGGGCCGAGCAGCGUGCCACUCUUGAGAAGCAACUUGCUGAGAAAAAUGACGAGCUCUCAAGCGCCGAGCGAGAGAAAGAGAGGAUGGAGGGAGAUGGUAUCAUCAAGGAGCAGCAUCUUCAGCGUGCUGUGAGUGAGAUGAAAUCGACCAUCGAUCACUUGGACCGAGACUGCGACAGACUAAGGAAGACGCUUCUCAGUCUUGGAGAGGCCACCGACCUUAAGAGCACCAAAGGCGAUCAAUUCUUUUUGGACUGCUUCAACGAGCUCUCGCAACUGAUCUACGACCUAUCCAAAGAACACUUCGCCUACCUCCCCAUCGACCCACCAAAAGACAUCCUCUCCAAGAUCCCAUCCGAAAUCCCACCCUUCCUCGACAACACCCCAGCCUCACGCGAACUACGCUGCGCCUACAUCCAGCACGUCGUAUCCAAAACCAUUACAUACAGAGUCUUCCAACCCUUCCUCUUCACCCUAGGCCGACGCUACGACAAAGCAGACACAUUCUUCCAAAUGCUCUCAAUGGACAUCCGCCGCAAAUCGGUCCGCCGCGAAGCCUUCUGGCGCCAACAAACCCUCAAAGCAGCCUACACAACCUCAGACGCCAAACAAUCCAUCAACGUCGCCGCAGCAGUCAUAGUCGACGAAAUCAUAGACCACAUCAAACACUUCGCCGACCCAAAACACCUCGACUCCCUCGUCACAGGCGUCCGCAAGAUCGUCAAGCUAGCCGCCGAAACCUGGCGCCACGCCCGCGUCGAACGUGAACUCGUGCUGGCAACUUUCCCCGCCCCGGACGCAGACAGCAUCUCCAACGAAGGCUGGCUGGAGUACGGUGUGAACUGUGAGCACAGCUAUCCGCAGGGCAGCGAACCAACCCGCCAUGUUGUGCUGCGCACGUUCCCGCGUAUUGUGCGCGAAGCUGCGCAUGAGGACUUUACUAGUGAUCAGGAGCGGGCUAGCUCGUGUAUCUACUCGCAGGGUGUGGUGUUGUACUCUGAUUCGCCGGUGAUUUUGGCGCGGCUGCAGGAGUUUGCGAAGAAGAAGUCGACUGAUACGGUUGUCUCGGAUGAUAGUUCGACGGUCCAUCCUAAGACGCCUAGACCUUCUAGGGAGGAUUUGGUUGCUGCUGCUGUGGAGAAGUUGACGCCGGUUGUCAGUUCACCGCCGCGUGUUGCAACUAUUCGGUCUGCUCCUACGAGUCCUGGUCCGAAGGGGCAGUUUGUGAGAGGUUGA